AUGGCACGAAAUUCAAACUCCUCGACGGUUGUGGUGAUUGGAGCCGGAAUCAUUGGACUUACCAUUGCAUUGAAGCUCCAAGACCUGCUGUCAAGUAAGAGCGCGGUAAAUUGUAGCAGGGUUCUUCUGGUCGCUCGCGAAUGGCCAACCACCAUCCCACACGCAUCGUCAAUUACCCUGAACUAUGCUUCCAUGUGGGCAGGUGCACAUGUUCGUCCAAUACCAGGAACGACAGCGCAGCUCCGUCGAGAAGCUGCGUGGCUGAAGCGGACGGUGCAAGAGUUCUCCCGCCAGCUCAAAGCCCAGCCAUGGACUGGUAUCAGCAAAACGACAGGAAUAGAGUUUAUCGAAGCUCCCAACUGUGACUAUGAGAAACAGACGUCCGAGUCGUUUGCGGCUGAAUCGGGAUUGCCUGGGUAUCGAGAAUUGGUAUCCUCAGAGAAGCCUGCCGGUACUUGGCUCGGUUAUGAAUACGAGACUUACUGCGUGAAUGCACCUAUGUAUUGCGCAAACCUGCUACGCACAUUCGUGCUUCGCGGUGGGCAAACCGUCCUUACGAGCCUCGACGUAACUACCAAAACAGUCACUAAGCAGGCCAAAGACGGUUCGUGGAGUUUCAUCAUACCGCGAGGGUUUGACGGCGGAACGAUUAUUGGAGGCACAAAAGAGCCUGAAAACUGGGACUCGGAGCCAAGCCUCCACACUCGGGAGCAUCUGCUUACGGCGGGACAGGGACUCCUUCUGUAUGCAUGCGAAGCUUCUAAGAAUCACGAUGAUGCACUGUCUAGUUGGAGAAAUAAACGAGUCAUAGCUGAUGUCGUGGGACGAAGGCCAACUCGACAGGGCGGAAUGAGGAUUGAGCCAGAAGAGCGGCUUUUAAGCAAUGGAAACAAGAAAAAUGUUAUACAUGCCUAUGGCGCCGGGGGGCGAGGGUUCGAAAUCAGCUGGGGAGUCGCGGCCGAGGUGGCGGAGAUGGCCAAGGAGUUGCUUGGGAACGACAAUUUGGUGUUGAGUAAAUUAUGA